CGCGGGGCACGCGCGCGGAGGAGAAGGAGAGAGCGGGAGGGCCUGUGAGCGCAAGAGCUACAUGAAAAGGGAGCGCGCCCGCUGCCACCUCCCUCCUCUGGAGAGAAGCUGUAGUGAGGCUGUGCGAAGCACCGCAUUUCAGAGGACCGGCCAAGGCGCAUCCCUGCACCAUCAGCUGAAGCUCAGACGCCCGCGCUCCCUCAGCUGCUGCAAGCCAGCCCCGAGCCCGCCACUGCCUCGCAGCCGGACCGCGCCCAGCCCGGAGAGGACAGCAGCAGGAGGCGGCCCUGCUCAAGGCCACAGAGACCCCCGGCAGCGUCUCUCAGCAGACGGAUUCAACUUGAACUGCGUCAUGUCCUUUGGCAGAGACAUGGAGCUGGAGCACUUUGAUGAGCGGGAUAAGGCUCAGAGAUACAGCAGAGGGUCACGGGUGAAUGGGCUGCCCAGUCCCACACAUAGUGCCCACUGCAGCUUUUACAGAACCCGCACGCUGCAGACGCUCAGCUCCGAGAAGAAGGCCAAGAAAGUUCGUUUCUAUCGAAAUGGAGAUCGGUACUUUAAAGGGAUUGUGUAUGCCAUCUCCCCAGACCGGUUCCGAUCUUUUGAUGCCCUGCUGGCUGAUUUGACCCGAACUCUGUCGGAUAAUGUGAAUUUGCCCCAGGGAGUGAGAACAAUCUACACCAUUGAUGGACUCAAGAAGAUUUCCAGCCUGGACCAACUGGUGGAAGGAGAGAGUUAUGUGUGUGGCUCAAUAGAGCCUUUCAAGAAACUGGAGUACACCAAGAACGUGAACCCAAACUGGUCUGUGAAUGUCAAAACCACCUCAGCAUCCCGGGCAGUGUCAUCACUGGCUACUGCCAAAGGGAGCCCUUCAGAGGUGCGGGAGAAUAAGGAUUUCAUUCGGCCCAAACUUGUCACCAUCAUCAGAAGUGGGGUGAAGCCACGGAAAGCUGUCCGGAUUCUGCUGAACAAGAAAACUGCUCAUUCCUUUGAGCAGGUUCUCACUGAUAUAACUGAUGCCAUCAAGCUGGACUCAGGAGUGGUGAAACGCUUGUACACCCUGGAUGGUAAACAGGUGAUGUGCCUUCAGGACUUUUUUGGUGACGAUGACAUUUUUAUUGCAUGUGGACCAGAGAAGUUCCGUUACCAGGAUGAUUUCUUGCUAGAUGAAAGUGGUAAGGAAAAAAAAAAGUUCAAAACCAGGGGAAAUUUGAGGCAGCUUUCCAAAAUGAGCUGCACCAGGCCAAGAUCAUGUCAACUCUAAAG